GAUUGCAACCGAAGCUUUAGAACCACCCAAAGCUCAGCAAUCUAUCCAUACUUGGAUGUCAGCAAAAUGGCUGACAUCGAUUCCAAAUCCUCCUCGCAUCAUGUCGAAGCGACCGUCAAACCCAUAGACAGACAAGACAUACUAUUUGACGGUCUAUCUGAUGAGGAGACCAAAGCAUUAGAGAAACGCUUGGUGCGCAAGAUCGACUUGCACCUGAUAUCCUCCCUCUUCCUUCUGUUCAUAUUCAACAUCCUAGACCGCUCGAACAUCGCCAAUGCUCGUCUUGGAGGAAUGCAAGAGGAUCUCGGCCUUUCAGACACGCAGUAUCAAACAGCCGUGGCUAUUAUGUUCGUCGGGUAUCUCCUGGGUCAGGUCCCAAGUAAUAUUCUCCUGACUCGGUUAAAACCCUCCCGCUACCUCCCCACGGCUAUCUUUAUCUGGGGAGGUAUCUCGCUCUGCAUGGCAGCGACUAAGAAUUUUGCCGGAGUCAUGUGUGUGCGUGUCUUUUUGGGAUUUGCCGAAUCGCCGUUCUUUCCCGGAGCUUUACUAUUGAUCAGCUCCUGGUACAAGCCUUCGGAAAUCGCUGUACGUGUGGCAAUCGUAUACUGCGGCAACACGAUUGCGAAUGGAUUCGGUGGUAUGCUUGCUGCCGGUAUUAUGAGUGGACUGGAUGGCAAGGGUAACCUUGCGGGAUGGAGAUGGCUGUUCAUUAUCGAAGGAGCGGGUACGAUGGUCGCUGGAGCCCUUGCAGUGGCUCUUCUCCCUGACUUUCCUCGCUCUGGACAGCGCAAAUGGCUGAACGAGCAGGAGCAACGAUUCGCGGAAUGGCGUCUUGCUCGCGCAGCAAACGACGAGGUCGAUGAGAACGGCUCCGUCAAGGAGGGACUGAGAGACGCAGUGACAGACCCCAAGGCCUGGCUUCUCAUCCUGAUCCAAGUUUGCCAAUUGUCUUCGCAGACAUGGACGUACUUCUUCCCUACAAUCGUUAAAACUCUAGGCUUCAACAACAUGAUGACCCUACUGAUCACAGCACCGGUAUACGUAUUCGGGUUCAUCACCGCACUCGGAAACUCCCUGAUUGCGAACCGCACCAACCAGCGCGCCAUACUCAUCGUCUGGCCGCUCUGCAUCGACAUCGUGGGUAACAUCAUGGUGAUAUCAUCGCAGGCGACAGCUGUCCGCUACACAGGGAUGUUCCUCAUGUGCGCUGGAUCCUAUUCGGCGUUCAACGUAGUCCAGGCGUGGAUUGCCAGCACUAUUCCGCGAACCAGGACGAAGCGAGCGAUUGUGUAUGCGUUGGUCAACUUGUUCGGUAACUCGUCCAACAUUUAUGGCUCUUACUUCUUCCCGACGUCAGACUCGCCUCAGUACAGGCCUGGGGGUAUUAUCUUGUCGUCGUUUGCGGCCGGCGGGAUCGUGAUGUCGCUGCUUCUUGCGGGCUAUCUUCAUCUCUUGAACGUCAGAUCACGCAAGGCCGAGGAUCAGGACGGUCAUAUACGCUACAAGUACAUUUGGUGA